AUGAAUCCACUACUGAUAGACGCCAUUUUGACUAAGGACGACUUCGAAGUAGCUCUUGCCACAUACAGUAAAAGGACAUGGUUUAUCACUUGGCUAUUUAUGCUGUGUUUCACAUCGUGUAUACUAAAUGGUUUCCACGUGAUGUCCUACGUCUUCUACAGCGUUUCACCGAAGCACUGGUGCUCGAUUCCAACAUUGGAGAAAGCGAAUUGGACGUCCGAGCAAAUACGAACUGUAUCUAGUCUCAGUCCAGACGAAUUAUCCAACUGCGAAUAUUACGAUUGGAAUUACGAAGAACUAGCAAAUAUGGGCUAUGAUUCAGCAUUGAAGAAAGUGGAGACCGAUAAAAAGCCUGAAACCAUCCCUUGCAAAGAAUUUUCUUAUGAAAUAGAAUAUAAGGACUCAUCUUUUGUACCAGAGUGGGAUAUUGUAUGCGAUCGUUUAGUAAUGAAAGCUACGGUUCAAACUGCAGUUUCCAUUGGCAAAUUCGUCGGUGCCUUCGUUUUUGGAGUGUUAGCUGAUAGAUAUGGAAGGAAAAUAACCUACCUCAUUUCCUGUGUGAUUUACAUGAUUAGUGGACCAAUUAUUGCUUUUACACAUAAAUAUAUCAUCAUGCUGAUCUGCAGAGUUGGUCUCGGAGUAGCUGGAAUCGGUAUCUAUCAAGCAGCUUAUUCGAUACCAUUAAGAAAACCAUGGGAAUAUGAAUAA